AUGGUGAACCAGCCAACGUACGAAAAGCAUGAAACCGAAGGAGGCGGGGACGGCGUGGGCGUACUGGAGGCGGGACUGCAGGAUAUUGAAAAUGGCGCGAUCGUAGAGACGAGCGGCGCAGAAGCGGUGACACCACUACCGCUUCUGCCGCCGCCGCCGCCACCGCCGCUGCCGCCACCGCCGCCACACCUCCUUCUUUUCCACCACCAUCACCACCACUACCAUGAAGAAGAGCAGCCGCGUCGACAAUUCGCCGAGCCGGGGGCAAGAGAAGCAACAGUUUCCGAGGGAGGGGAUAACCGGCAAGGCAGCAAGGCUCCGUGUUGCGGCAGGGAAAUCGGCUCGACAGUCACGCGCAUCGCUCGAACGACCGAUCACCAUCAAAACCACCAUCACCAUCAUCGUCACCACCAUCAUUUGCAGACGGAAACGUCCCAACACACCGUGCUUUCGUCGACGACUCACCGGCGCUUGGACGAGCAGGAGUUGCAGUUAGAGCACGAAAACGUGGAACGGGCGAGCAGUGUCGCUGCAGCCAUGCGGGGUGAUCGGGGUGACUUUACUCUGGGUGUGUUGUUCCCGUCUCUAACUACAUCGAACGGUGCAACCAACAACGAGAUUGGAUCGUCGGAGCAUCAUAGCCACCAUCAUCAGCAUCAUCAGCAUCACCACCAGCAUCAGAGUCAACAACAUCACCAUCAUUUGGAGGAAGUGUUAACCGAUGAGGGGUACCUUCAGCAUCCGGUACGAGCACGCGGAGGUGUCACGGCAGCGGCUGCGGUAGCGGUUGCAGCAGCCGUGGAAGCAGCAACGGCGGCAGCGGGAGGAGGUGGAGGUGGGUCAGCAGGAGGAGGAGGAGGAGGAGGCGGCGGCCGAGGUGGUAGCGGAGCCGCGGGAGGAACGGGAGCGAGUGGUGGAGGCGGUGGUAACGGUGGGAGCGGUGCCAGUGGCAGUGGCGGUAACGGCGGUGAUGGUAACGUUGCCGGUGGAGGAGGAUCGCCGACUCUGCAUGCCGGUAGUUCGCCGAGUUCCAGUCGUAGUCCGCACGAGGAUCAAGGACUUUCGUCGCCGUCGCAUCAUCAAGGGCAAACGGAUGGUGGAUACAGCCCGAACGAGCACACUCACGCGCAAACCAGACAAUCGUACGCUCAUUUGACAGCUAUGCAGCCCCCGUCUUCCGUGCAGACCAAUCACGGUUUAUCUCAAGAAGCGGAUCGAGUCUCGGAUCAACUUUACAUGGAACCGCUGUACGCCCAUCACACGGCCACGGCGCCCCAUCACCAUCAUCAGGAACACGAGCAAGGACCGUCGGCACCGCAUUCGCCUAGCGGACCACUAUCGAGAGUGAAUGUAUACGCGAGAGGAAUAUGUAUUUACGUACACGCAUGUCCGAUGCGUGAAGCGAAUCGAAUCGAAGGUGGGAGGUGGACGAGAGAUAUAGACGGUGAACGAGAGGGGCGAUGGCGUGGAAGAGGGCGAGG